AUGGUCCCUGGGGGCGUCACCGCCUCUGGGAGGGACCCUGGGGGCAUUAUCACCUCUGGGAGGGUCCCUGGAGGUGCCACGGCCCAAGGACCCCUGGGGGCUCCACCACCCCUGGGAGGGCUCCUAGGGACGCCGCCGCCCUUGAGAGGGCCCCUGGGGACACCGCAGCCCCAGAGAGGGGCCCUGGUGCGCCAAAGUCCCAAAGAGGUCCCCUGGGGUGCCGAAGCCUCAGAGAGGGCCCCUGGGGGCGUCGCCUCCCUGGUAGGGUAUCUGGGGGCGACGCCACCACUGGGAGGGUCCCUGGGGACGUCCUCGCACCUGGAUGGGUGUCUGGGAACGCCGCCGCCCCUGGGUGGGUCCCUGGGGAUGCCGCUGCCCCUGGGUGGGUCCCUGGGGAUGCCGCCGCCCCUGGGUGGGUCCCUGGGAACGCCGCGGCCCCUUGGAGUGCUGUCGCCCCUGUGA